AACAAAUAAGUGUAUACCUUUAAAAAUACUUAGAUCGACACGUAUCCAUCAUCCAUACUUACGAAAUUAAAAAAAGGAAAGUUGACAUUUAUAUUUUCACACUGUCCUAUGUCAAAAUGAAACUGUCACUAAAAUUUUGGCUUUAAAAAUCAGCUGGUUUCACAAACAUAUAAAAGGUUAUUACACUUAAAAUGGUACGCAUUACGACUAUCCUUCGCCGAGUUCCUGUAAUAAAAUUCCGCAAAGGAGGAAUAGGGCAUCCCGGUCCUUCCGCGGCAGCGGCACCAUCGGGAGCACCAGCAGCGGCCUCACAGCAAUCGCCAGUUCAAGCUCAACCAAGUGCAACAAUGAGUACUGGCCCCAUAUCAGAUAUUGAUUUGCCUCCACGUUAUAGAAGACUACCACUCUCACAGGAGGAGAUUGAUCACAUCAAUGGCGGUGGAGUUGUUUAGUGCACUGAGUUACUUCUUGUAGAUUUAACACUUAGUAGAAUUGUCUACCAUUAUUGUUAGUUGUAGCUAUUAUUUAUUGUUAUGGUAGAAACAGAAUUUUUCUUGUAUCUAUCAAAGCAUUUAUAAAUUGAAAUUAUUUUCAUUUGCAAACCUUUUUUCAAGGAAGUAUUAUUUAUUAGUUAUGGUAUAUUAUGUUGGAUAUUCUGUCACUUGUUAAAUAUUGUGGAAUACUAUGACUUUAAAAUAAAUUUUAAUUAUUAA